CCUAUAAGUCGUAAAUUCGUAAUAGCAUACUCUGUCUCUCCAAAACAAAUCAACAUCAAAAAUGUAUGACGCCUGAUGCCAACAAUUUUAAUAGUCGACAUGAGUAGCCCUAUGUUUUGGGGCGUCCAUUUGGCUUGUUUAAUAUUUCUACUGAGUUGUUUCAGCUCCUCAAAUCCCCAGCUUGUCAUCAACAUAAAAAAUCAGGGUGGAGAUGUGCUGCAGGAAGUGUUAGCUUCUAAUGUCAGCGAGGAUGUUGUUCAACUUGAGUACCAGAGAGCUGAUGGUACAAUAGUUACACAGAUGCUGGAUUUUCGAAAAGAGGUGCAAAUCUACCGUCUCUUGAUUCUGGCUGAAGAAGAACAGCUGCCUCUAAAGAGUUUCCAGCCUCCAUAUUAUCAGGCUGUUUGCUUUGCUGCUAAAUUGUCUAAACAAGAUUUUAUUGCUGCAGAUGCCAUUGCUAAACUUCGCCAGAAAAAUCCACAUACUGUAAGGUAUCCAGAGGAGGAUAAUGGGCGUGAGAAUGCCACAUUUGAAUACACUUUGGAUGUGUCUAGAUCUAACAUUAUAUCCAACCAAAUUCAACAAUUAUGUAUAAAUGCAACAGCAAUAUAUGUCCAGGAGACUGAUUUAAGAUUAUGGGCAGCAAUUGGAAAUCCAAAUGAAGCUUUUAUGGUCCUUGAUGCUGCCCAGCACAUGGUACGGCCAGCUAGCCGUUGCAAAGAUAUUGCCGUCACAAAUUCGAGCUCAAUGCCCUGCCAAUGCCGGUUAAAUUUUUGUGUUCCUUGGUAUCCUUGUGGACUGAAAUUUUGUCGCGGGCACGAUCAGCAAACCGGUAAGGCCCUCAGCUAUCGGUGCGGCAUCAAAACGUGCAAAAAGUGCCUCGACUAUUCAUUUCCAGUGAAGAACUUUCUAUUUUGUCCGUGGGAUGACUAUUAACCAAACACUUAAAAUUCCUUUUCGGGAAAAAUUGAAGUAUUGAUCAAAGUGCCUCGUGAAGCUUUUUAACUAUUUUACAAGAUAGAAUCAAGAGCCAAUUGUGCGUGUUCCAGUCUUCCAGCACUGUCCGUUGAUGCACACAUGUGUACACUUUCCUAUCUGCUUUGUAAUUUACUUACUUUUCCCCCAUGGUUCCUUUUGCGUUGGAGAGAAUAUUAAUUUGAAAAGCCAAUUUUACUGCAAAAAUAAAAAAAAUUUCAAUUCAA